UCUCCACCGUGUCUGACCUCUCCGUUUUGCAGAGGAGAUCCUGCGCGGGCGCACGGCCAUGUGGAUGUCUGACGGGGGCCACUCGGUGCUCUUCGCCACAUUCAACGACACGCUGGUCGAGGAGAUGAAGAUCCCGUGGUACGGCACUGUGGACGAGGACCGCCAGUACCCGGACAUCCGUAGCCUGCGCUACCCCAAGCCCGGCACGCCGAACCCGAUCGUUACGCUCAGGGUCGCCAACUUGACUGUGCCGUCGGACAUCCGCACCAGGGACCUGGAGCCGCCGCUGGCCUUUGGCUUCAAUAGGUGAGUGGAUUGGCGCGCCGCGCACCGCCGCUU